CACAGUAUACAAAACGAACCAGUCCAAGCAGUUGUUGCAGAGAGAGAGACAGAAUAAGAAAAUGGCGGCGACAUCAAUACCUGCAAAACCGAUAAUCAAAAUAGCGGCUCUUAGUGGGUCCCUUCGCAAAGGCUCUUUCAAUACGGGCCUUCUUCGUUCUGCAAUCGAACUGAGCAAGAACUCAAUUGAGGGAAUUGAGAUAGAGUACGUAGACAUCUCGCCAUUGCCGUUCCUCAACACCGACCUUGAAGUCCAGGGAACCUACCCGCCCGCCGUUGAAGCAUUCCGGAAGAAAAUUCAAGAAGCCGAUAGCAUCCUCUUCGCUUCGCCGGAGUACAAUUUCUCCGUCACCCCGCCGCUGAAGAAUGCGUUGGAUUGGGGAUCGAGGCCACCGAAUGUCUGGGGCGAUAAAACGGCGGCGAUUGUGAGCGCCGGAGGGGGAUUCGGAGGAGGACGAUCUCAUUACCAUCUCCGGCAGAUUGGAGUAUUUCUGGACAUCCAUUUCAUCAAUAAGCCAGAGUUUUACUUGAACGCGUUCCAGCCUCCAGCGAAGUUUGACGCCGAGGGGAAUUUAGUCGAUGAAGCGACCAAAGAGAAGCUGAAGGAGGUUCUUCUUGCCUUGAAAGCUUUCACUUUGCGGCUCAAAAGCUAAAUAUCCAUCCAUUUUAAUCAAAAAAAAAAAAAAGAAAGCUUUUUCUGAUUAUUAGAAUUUCAAUAUUGAUGUAAUAGUUUGAAAUUAUUUGGGAAAUUUCAUGGUUUGGUUUUGUAUAUUAUGUAUUUCAGGGUAUGAAAUGUAGGUCAAUAAAAUGAAGAAUUUACCUACUAAAAAAAAUUGUGAUUUUAAUAUAUACAAGUUUAUUUUAUGUCAAAAA